GCCAGGGACGCUAGUUUUCAUCGUUCUUACUUCAUACACGCGGCGGUGUUCCCCUUCUCUCGCAUCAAUUUUAUCCGCUGUACUGCUUCUUCGGCACAGAUAGCCAUGGAAGCGAACUGGCCGUGAUGGCAAGCUUAUCACUUUCGGAUCCACUUUCUUUCAGCAUGUCCUUAGUCAAUGAAACUUCUUCGGGGCGGAGCAACUGAGAUAUGAUGGCUGCGGCAACUGGCGCGUCCGGGGGCACAACAACUGGGAUCAGCGGAGUUUCGCAAAAUUAUCUGUCAUGCAAAGCCACAGGACCAAAAUAUUGGAUAUGCUAUAACAAUGGUUUAAGGAAGAGCUAUCACUUGAGACACAAUUCAUCAGAAUUAGAGAAGCGUAGCUUCAAAUAUGGAUGGUUGGAACUCGUAAAAUUUUCACCUUCUUCAAUGAAAGCAAGAAGGAAUGUACCAUUUAUCUUGUUAGCCACCAGUGAUGAUGGUGUGGCAGUUAAUGGAACACCACAAAGAAGCCAUGCUAGUGAUGCAGAGGACGUGCGGUUUAAGUCUGAUCAAUCUUUGCAAGGUAAAAAUCUUAGCAGUGUACUUGUGCAAUCCUUGCACGAUGCAGCACGGGCAAUAGAGUUGGCCUUUCUUGAACAUAGCUCAUCAUCAAAAUCCGCUUGGUUCUCAAAGACUUGGCUUGGUGUUGACAAAAGCGCUUGGGUUAAAGUACUGUCUUAUCAGGCUGCAGUUCACUCUCUAUUGCAAGGAACAAAAGAAAUUUCAUCUCGCGGAGAUGGAAGAGAUAGAGAUAUCAAUCUUCUUGUUCAUAGAAGCUUGACCCGGCUGUGUGCUCCAUUGGAGAGUAUAAUCUACGAGGAAUUGUCUGCUAAGCAGCCUUCAACGUCUGAAUGGUUUUGGUCUCAUCAACAUCCGAUGGUUGUGAAUACAUUUGUGAACAUAUUGGAAAGAGAUCCUUGCUUUACAGCAGCUACAAAAUUAUGCUCGACAGGAAAGACUUCUGGAUCAGCUACUAAAAAUGACCUUACACUGCUUAAGCUUGCUUUGAGCUGCCUUGCUGCUGUUACAAAGCUAGGAUCAGCGAAAAUUUCUUGUUCACAAUUUUUGUCAUUGCUUCCUGAUGCUACUGGUAGACUGAUGGACGCGCUUCUUGACUUUCUCCCAAUACAGAAGGCUUAUGAUUCUAUGAAAGAAAUUGGUCUACGCAGAGAAUUUCUUUUUCAUUUUGGUCCUCGAGCUGCUAGUGUUAAAUAUAAAGGUGAGCGUACUGUUGAAGAAAUCUCAUUUUGGAUUAAUCUUCUGCAGAAACAACUGCAACUGGUUAUUAGCAGGGAAAGGAUAUGGGCAAAGCUUACAACAUGUGAAAGCAUAGAGGUAUUGGAGAAGGAUUUGGCAAUUUUUGGGUUUUUUAUUGCUUUGGGCAGAAGCUCUCAGUCGUUCUUAUCAUCUAACGGCUUUACCACAAUGGAGAACCCAAUUGAAGGAAUCAUAAGGUAUCUUAUAGGGGGCAGUGUGUUGUUUUAUCCUCAGUUGUCAUCCAUAAGUUCGUAUCAGCUGUAUGUUGAAGUUGUUUGUGAAGAAUUGGAGUGGUUUCCAUUUUAUGGUGGUAACUUAUCUAACACAAAACAGAUUCAUGACAAUAUGGUUAUACAAGAAAAAAUGCCUCAAGAAGAAGCAAUUCCCUAUGUAUUGGAUGUGUGCUCAUAUUGGAUGACGGGUUUUAUCAAAUAUAGUUCAUGGCUUGAGAACCCAUCUAACAUUAAGGCAGCAAGAUUUCUCGCUAGAGGGCACAGCUUUUUAACUGAGCAUAUGAGAGAACUUGGGGUGCUAAGGAACAGAAGGGAUAAGGAUGGUUUAGGGCAUCAAAAUCAACGACAAACUGAGGUUUUGGCUGUUGAGAAAGAGAUGGAUACUUUUGAUAAGACUCUUGAAAGUGUCGAGGAAGUUUUGGUUAGGUUAGAGAAUUUGCUACAAGAGCUACAUGUUUCUAGUUCAAAUAAUGGAAAAGAGCAUCUAAAAGCUGCUUGUUCGGAUCUUGAGAAGAUAAGGAAGCUCAAGAAAGAGGCUGAAUUUCUCGAGGCUUCUUUCAGAGCUAAAGCAGACUCGCUAGAACAGGGGGGUGCUGGCGAUGAUUCACACUCCUUUACUGAGAAAAGUUUUCCAGAAAUGGCUAUGGAGGCAUCUAUUUCUAGUAAAAAAGAUGAAGUAUCUGGCAAGAGGAUGGCCAAUAAAGAGCGUUGGUUUUGGAAUUUCAUGACACGUAAUGUAAGCAAGAGAGAGCGUCCAAUAGCAACAUCAGAUCAAAAUUUUGCACAACCCAUUCAGGUUGUUGCAUCAUCUAAAUUUGGAAAUGACGAGACCAUUUCAAAUGAGAGAAACAGAUUUGAGCAUUUGAGAAAUGAAUUAAUUGAGCUCGAGAGGAGAGUGCAACAAAGUACUGAUAAUGCUCAAAAUGUGGAGCUACUAAACUCUAAUUCAAGUUGUUCAGGAGCAGUCAACACUGUCAUUGAGACUGAAUUGGCUGUAGAUGAAUAUGUACCCACAUCAGACAAAAGGAACGAUAAAUUGGCUCCAUUACAAAAGAAGGAUGGUGGUCUUGCCAAAUCAUUACAAAAGAUCAAGGAAGCUAGUGUGGAUGUGUGGCAGGGAACUCAGUUGUUAGCCAUUGAUGUAGUAGCUGCAAUGGUUUUACUGAAAAGAACAAUAACAGGAGAUGACCUCACAGAGAAGGAAAAGAAGGCUCUCCGAAGGACUCUGACUGACUUGGCAUCAGUUGUCCCUAUCGGUUUUCUUAUGCUUCUUCCCGUCACAGCAGUGGGCCAUGCAGCCAUGCUUGCUGCUAUUCAGAGAUAUGUGCCUUCUCUGAUUCCGUCCACAUAUGCUCGAGAAAGGUUAGAUCUCUUAAGACAACUUGAGAAAGUGAAGGAGUUAGAUACUUAUGAUGGGCGCUCUGAGGACGGCAAGCACGCUGUUAGUUCGACCAGUAGCAAUCCUGAAUAGCGAGCUGUGAGAUUUGGGAUACUUAACACGGUGCCUAGAUGGUGAUGCUGUGCUGCAGUGCUACUGCUGCUUUUAAAGAGAAAAUUGGUUAGUUUAUCAGUCAUUUCUAUAAGAUCGUUGUAAACAUAGAUAAAAUCACAUUUAUACAUAAUUUAUUUUUGUCCCAA